AUGCCUCGCGAGAUCAUCACCAUACAGGCGGGCCAGUGUGGGAAUGCCAUAGGCUCAAGAUUCUGGCAGCAGUUAUGUCAGGAGCAUGGCAUCAGCCGCAACGGCAACCUCGAGGACUUCGCAACCGAAGGCGGUGACCGCAAAGAUGUCUUCUUCUACCAGAGUGACGACACCCGCUACAUUCCCCGAGCGAUCCUUAUCGACCUUGAGCCGCGAGUGAUCAACAGUAUCCAAAGUGGGCCUUAUAAGAAUAUUUACAAUCCGGAAAACUUCUUCAUCGGUGAGCAGGGGAUGGGCGCAGGAAACAACUGGGCUGCCGGAUACGCCGCGGGCGAGAGGGUACAAGAAGAGAUCUUUGACAUGAUUGAUCGCGAGGCGGAUGGCAGCGACUCCCUGGAGGGAUUUAUGCUACUUCAUUCGAUCGCCGGUGGUACAGGGUCCGGCCUUGGCUCAUACCUUCUCGAGCGGAUGAAUGAUCGAUUUCCCAAGAAGAUCAUCCAGACAUACUCGGUAUUCCCGGACACGGCCAUUGGCGACGUUGUGGUGAAUCCUUACAAUAGUCUGCUCACGAUGCGUCGAUUGACGCAGAAUGCCGACUCUGUGGUGGUGCUCGACAAUGGGGCUCUAUCGAGGAUAGCAUCCGAGAGACUGCACGUUCAAGAGCCGUCGUUCCAGCAGACGAACCAGUUAGUCUCGACAGUCAUGUCGGCUUCUACCACUACACUUCGAUACCCUGGGUAUAUGCAUAAUGACCUGGUGGGAAUCAUUGCGUCGCUGAUCCCCACCCCGCGUUGUCAUUUCCUCAUGACGGCUUAUACACCAUUCACCGGGGACAACGUCGACCAAGCCAAGACAGUGCGGAAAACGACAGUCCUCGACGUGAUGCGACGCCUCCUCCAGCCAAAGAACCGGAUGGUGUCAAUCACACCUUCCAAGUCGUCAUGCUACAUCUCGAUCCUCAACAUCAUUCAAGGAGAGGCGGAUCCCACCGACGUCCACAAAUCACUGCUGCGUAUUCGAGAGCGGCGCAUGGCAAAUUUCAUUCCAUGGGGUCCAGCUUCGAUCCAGGUUGCUUUGACCAAGAAAUCACCGUACCUGCAAAACACGCACCGUGUUUCAGGACUGAUGCUAGCGAAUCACACAAGCGUGGCAACCCUCUUCAAGAGAAUUGUUGAGCAGUACGACAAAAUGAGGAAGCGCAAUGCCUAUCUGGAGCAGUACAAGAAAGAAGCCCCAUUUGCAGAAGGUCUGGGUGAAUUUGACGAGGCCAAGGAAGUUGUCAUGGGGCUUAUCGGUGAAUAUGAGGCGGCCCAGAAGGAGGACUAUCUCGAUCCUGAUGCUGGGGAUAAGAGAGUGGACGGCGCAUGA